UAAAACUACAAAUAAAAAACAAUAACAAAAAAUAAAAAUAAAAUUCAUAAGCAAAAACAACACUAAAACCCAGCCAGAGCAUAGUAUAGCAAACGCUUUUGUGUGCGGUUAGAGUGCAAUCGGCCGCAACAAAAAGUCAGUGUUAAUGUGUGUGUUUUUCGAGCGAUGCAACUGAUUGUUGACAAAAUUCCCAUGUUUUCGAAACAAACAACGAAACGUAAUUCCAAAAAAAAAAAUGAUGAAAUGAACGCCGGUACCGGCUCCUCGAGGGCGCCAGCCUCCGGGAGCCAAAUAUCACCACAACUACCCGACGUACAAACGCAGCAACAGCAACUACAACAGCAACAACAACAAAUACAACAGCAACAACAACUGCAACACCAGCAGCAAUUACAGCAGCAGCAGCAAUUACAACAGCAGCAGCAACAGCAACAACAACAAAUUCAACAACAACAACAAUCAGCUCAACAAAAUAAUACAUACGGCAACUAUCCCAGCGUAUAUAAUACAACACCCACACAGAAUGGCAUUACAACACCAAUUGGUACAUAUUCGAUGGGUGAGCCAGAUACAUUGCGCACACUAAAGAAUACAUUUGGUCCGAAUUCGGAGUUUACAACAACCAGCGGCUACGGCAACUAUAGUAAUAUGGUCACGGCUAAUGGUGGCGGUCUGCAACAGCAACAACAGAUGGAUAAUAUGAGUGGCAUGGGCAGUGGAUAUGGGCAGAUGAGUGCCAAUCAAAUGCAUGGUAGCAAUGUGCAAAAUCUUUACAUGAAUGGCAACAUUGGCCCUACUGGUAGUGGCAGUCCAAGUGCGACAAAUAUGAAUAGCACGGGUGGUGGCAUUGGUGGUGGCGCUUCGCAAGUGGCCAGUAAUCCAAAUGUUAUUGGCAUGAAUGCCGGUUCCAACAUGCAAAUGGGUCAUAUGAAUGCGUAUAAUGGCGGCGGCGGUGGUGGCGUCGGCGUUGGCAGCGGUGUUGGCCCCAACGGCAAUCCGAGUAUUGCGCCAUCUAGACAUCAAAUGAAUCCCAUGAACCAGAUGCAGAGCAUGACUAUGGGCGGUGGUCCACAAUUGACACCACAGCAACAGCAGCAACAACAAGCCAUGAACGGGCUGGGGCCCAUGGCUAAGAUGCAGGGCAUGGCGAAUGGCGGGUAUGCACGUCGUAACACGCCUUACCCCACGCCACAGAUGCAUGCGGCACAAAAGCGCGCCAGCUACCCCUCUAUGGGCAAUCCGUCACUACAGAAUGUUCCUCCGCAAAUGAGUAUGCAACAUUAUGGCCAACAGAUGCACCCGCAAGCUGGCAGCGGUGUACCGGUGCCUAUGCAAGCGGGCGCCUACGGACGUGGCGGCCCCAUGGGCGGCUAUGCCAGAGCUAAUGCUAUGGCACCGGUUGGUAUGGGUCCCGGCGGUGGCAUGGGUCCCAGUGGUAUGGGUCCUGGCGGCAUGGGUCCCGGCGGUAUGGGUCCUGUUGGCAUGGGCCCCAGUGGCAUGGGUCCCGGCGGCAUGUGUCCAAGCAAUAUGGGUCCUGGCGGCAUGGGUCCUGGCGGUAUGGGCCCCGGUGGCAUGGGUCCGGGUGGCGUGAGUGCAAUGCAGCGUGGUAUGCCACAGGGUCCAGGCGGUUACAGCGCCGCUAUGGCGCAUCAACAGAAUCAAUAUUAUGCGAGCGUGAAUGGUGGUGGCGGCGGUGGCAUGGGUCCGGCUGGUCCGAGCUCUCUAACAAAUACCGGUGCGAUGUACCAGAAUCAAGGUUUCCAGCAAAAUUACCAACACAGCCCAGUUCCUGGUAAUCCGACGCCGCCAUUAACACCUGCCUGCAGCGUUCCAUACAUCAGUCCGAAUCCAGACAUCAAACCCAUUAUGGACAACUGCGAGGAGAUGCGACUGACUUUCCCCGUACGUGAUGGCAUCAUACUUCCACCUUUCCGCUUGCUGCACAAUCUCUCCGUCAGCAAUCACGUAUUCCACUUGAAGCAGAAUGUCUACAAUACGCUCAUGUGUCGCUCCGACCUCGAGCUGCAGUUGAAAUGCUUCCACCAAGACGACCGGCAGAUGAACACGAAUUGGCCGCAUACAGUAACGGUUUCGGCUAAUGCUACACCCCUCAACAUUGAACGGUCCGAGAAGACGGGCCAAGCACUGCGGCCGCUAUAUCUGAAGGCAGUGUGUCAACCCGGACGCAAUACUCUCCAACUAACCGCUAGUUCCUGCUGUUGUUCCCACUUAUUUGUGCUACAGCUAGUCCAUCGACCUUCCGUGCGGCAUGUUCUUCAAAGCCUGCACAAGCGUAAUUGUUUGCCGGUAGACCAUUGUGUAGCCAAAAUCAAACGCAACUUCAUGGUCUGUUCGACGACCAGCGUUCCACUAGAAUCCGGCGCCGGCAAUAUGGAAGCGACAAAAUGCACCAAGAUCUCAUUAAAAUGUCCGAUCAUGAAGUCUCGAAUACGAAUGCCUGCGCGAGGACACGAGUGCAAGCACAUCCAGUGUUUCGAUCUGGAGGCCUAUCUGCUUAUGAAUUGCGAACGUGGCGCCUGGCGGUGUCCCGAAUGCAAUAAACCCGCGCUGACAGAAAGUCUUGAAAUCGAUCAGUAUGUCUGGGCUAUUUUGGAUAAACUGAAUGGCACUGAUGUGGACGAGGUUAUCAUCGAUUCGAGUGGUAAUUGGCGAGCGGCGCAAGGUAUACACCAAGGUUCACCGAUCAGCGCGAUGUCUGCACAAAUGCCCAGCCCAAUGUCGGGACAAAUGUUGCCAGGAGGACAAAUGCCAGGCGCACAAAUGCCCGGACAAAUGGGCGGUCAAAUGCCUGGUCAAAUGAGCGGACAAAUGCCUGGGCAAAUGGGCGCACAAAUGCCCGGACAAAUGGGCGGUCAAAUGCCUGGUCAAAUGAGCGGACAAAUGCCUGGGCAAAUGGGUGCUCAAAUGCAAGGACAAAUGGGACCGAUGGGUAGCCAAAUGCCAGGACAAAUGAGCGGUCAAAUGGGUAGCCAAAUGCCGGGUCAAAUGGGCGGGCAAAUGGUUGGACCCAAUGUGCCGAGUAUUAAACAGGAAAAUACCUUUGACGAUCAAUCAAAAGUGAUGUCACCAUGGGACAACUCGCAGGCGAUGAGUCCCUACAUGCAACAUGACAUGAAUGCGGGCACGCCUAAUGUACCCGGAGCGGGUCAAAUACGCAGUCCCUUCGACAUGUAUAGCGGUGGCGAUGUCGGUGUUAAUGAUCAGCAUACAGGUGAUACUGGUAAUUCUCUUGACCAGCUUAAUGCAAUGGAGAAGAGUCUCAACGAUCAGAUGCCUCAUACGCCGCACACACCAAUGCAUCCGAUGACUCCCGGUGGCCCACCUAGCGUAAGUUCUGCGCACAAUGAGCCCUCAACACCUAAUGCGAAUAUUUCGAAUUCCUCACCGCAAACACCUGGCACACCCGGGCAACCUGGUGGACCGGCCUCAAAUCGAGGUGGUGCUGCAAAUGAUUCACACCAGCAGCAACAACAACAACAACAACAUACACAACAGUCAGUCCAGCAAUCGCAACAAGAGCAAAUCAUUAAUUCGCUAAUCAACUCACAGCCGAAUGGCUUGUCGAAUCUCAAUGAAACGGAUUUGAAUGCGGAAUUGAAUAUGGACAACAAUGAUGGCGCUGGGGAUUUGAAUGUAAGUCCAAAAGAUUUUUUUUUUUUUUUAUUGAUAAUAUGUAGUUCUGUUAGCUAUGCGAAAAACUUGUACAAGUUUGUACAAAUUUUUUACCGAAUCGCGUUCGUUUGGACAAAAAAUUGGUAAAACUUGCAAGGAGAGUGCACAAUUUUGACAUUUCAUUUGGAGGGGAAGUUAAAAAUUCGU